AAUAAAUGUGAUUUUAAUUAAUUAAUUCUGGAAAAUUAUCAUUAAUAUGUUAUGAAAUUUUCAGUGCAUUCGCCCAACCACAUCAAGAAUACAUUCAACAAAUUUCCGCAAGUUCCGGUAUUUAUUUUGAUUACCUGGGAAACGUAAAGAUAAAUGAAGGACAAUUGAAUGUUUUAAUCCCAUUGGAUAUAUCUUUUGUAAAACCACAUAUUGAGAACAUCAACUUAGUAAUUAAUACAGUUAGAAAUACUUGCGAAAGAACUUCAUUGAACAAAGAAUGUUACAACAUUUUCGAACCUUUAGUACUACGAUACCAAGAUAUAAUAAAGCAAUUCUCUGCAAUAUCUCAUCUGUUAGAUACGAAAAACAAACGCAGUGCCUGGUUUGCGGGAAUCGGUUCAAUAAUGAAACAUAUUUUCGGAACUUUAGACGAAGAUGAUGCAAUAGUUUUUGACGAAGCAAUAGAUUCCUUAUUAAAUAAUGAAAAGAAAAUGUCAUCAUUAAUUAAAGAAAAUAUUCUAGUUACGAACUACAUACUUAAUAAUUUUAAUGAAACAUUAAUGAAAAUCCAAUUAAAUGAACAUCUUUUGAAUGAAGCUAUUUACAAAUUCUCUUCGAGAAUGAAAAACUUUUCUAUCGCUAUAGAUAAAAUUCAAAUACAGUUAGAUAUUAAUGGCGUGUUUAGCAACCUUGAAAUGUCUAUACUUACCUUAUCAUUCCAACUUGAAGAUAUAAUAAAUACUAUAAUGUUUAGUAGUCAGAAUAUAUUGCAUCCAGCAAUAAUAACGCCAAAACAACUCCACAGAGAACUUAUUGAUUGGUCCAGACAUUUAACCCAAGAAUUAGAAUUACCAGUUCCACUUGAUAUCUCCAUGAUACAUAUUAUUAUGAAAAUAUCAAAGGUAUCGCCUUAUUAUAUGAGAAACAAAUUGAUAUUUGUAUUACAAAUACCAUUAGUGUCCAAUACGCAAUAUAAAUUAUAUCAUAAUAUUCCUUUGCCUACCCCGCAUAUUUCUGAUAAUCCAGAGUCGUUCAGUUUGAUAAUUCCCAGUUCAAAAUAUAUCACGAUGACUAUUGAUAAAAACCAUUAUUUCGAUCUGGACAGUUUGAGUAAUUGUUUGACUAUUAAUUAUGAACAUUACAUAUGUGAUGCUACUAAUGUAUAUGCAACUGAUGAUAAGGUCACUUGUGAAAGUGAAUUGUUAUCAAAGGUCAUUAAUAAAAUUCCGAACCAAUGCGAAACAUUUAUAUAUGGUAAAAUAAACAUCUGGAAAAAGUUAAAUUAUAAUAGGUGGAUAUUUGUCCAAUCUGAUGUAAGCAAGAUUAUUAUAGAAUGUUCAAAACUUAGAAUACAUAAAGAAGUCACCAUAUCUGGAACAGGUAUUUUAACUUUACCCGAAUCAUGCAUUGGAUACAAUCAAAAUACUGUCCUGAUGACAAAUAAAUUUAAUAAAAAUAUAACUUCACGAAUUUAUACCUUUGAUUACAAUCUUAUCAACGAUUCUUGUUGUGAUAGAUUUAAGUUUAAUAAAAUUAAAGACAGUGUGUCUCCUAUUCGACUUGAAAGAAUCGAUUUAGACAAUUUGAGAUCCCAAAUAAAAGGGACAUAUUAAGUAGAAAUCUUUUUAAUACAGAAUUAG